GGAGGAAUCAGAGGGGAAAGAAGAACAGCCGAGAGGUAGGGACGUCUCGUUUGACAAAAAGAUCUGUAGCUUUAUUUUAAUCAGAUUGAACAUUUUGUAUUUGAACAUCCUUAAAUAUCUGCAAUGGCUUUUAGAGCAUUUACACACUCACACGUCUAUGAAAAGCAACCGGCCUCAAAAGAAAAGGACAAAUCCAGCAUACAGUGCAUCGAGCGCUAUGACCAAAAUGUGUAUUUAGGGACCAAAGAUGCAACAGUCCUGCAUCUCAUCCUCCCCAGUGGCACAGAUGGAGACCAGAGUCCUGGCCAGAGCAAAAUCAGAGAGUGUCGGCUGAGAAAACUAGGCUCAAGUAACCCUGUAGCUCAACUGAGGGUAGUCCCACUUUUCAACCAUCUGCUGAUCCUGUGGGACCGGAGCGUCACUGCCUUCAACAUGUUCUCCUUGGAGCCUGUUCCCGCUCUGAAGAAGAUCCAGCAUGUGAAUUUGUUUGAGGUGUGCAACUCACUGCUCGCAGCACAAGCAGAAGGUGUGAAGAUGGUGACUUCCUCCAGUCGCAGGAAAGCGAUCCGGGUCCACGUGGUGGGAGUGGAUAGGUGGGACGUGGUCAAGGAGGUGUCGCUGCUCCAGGACCCCGUGGCCUUGGCGGUGGAUGGUGGAUGUGUGUGUGUAGGUACCAGCGACAGGUAUCUGCUCUGUGACAUUCGGACUGGAAGCAGCGAUGAGCUUUUUCCUCACAGUCACAGCAGACAGCGUGUCAUUGUAACCUCAAUGGGACGAGGGGAGUUUCUCUUAAACGGGCCUGAAUCUCUGGGCAUGUUUGUGAUGAAGACAGGGAUAUGCCAGCGCCCUCCCCUCCAGUGGCCUCAGGAGGUGCUGGCAGCCGGAGUGUGUUUCCCUUACAUCUUAACCCUGCAGCCCCAAGUGCUGUCUGUCUACAGCGCCGUAGAUCAGCAGUGCAAACAGACUGUGAGUCUCAGCGGAGCGAAGGGUCUCCUCUGCACAUCAGAUGGCGUGUUAGUGUUCACAGAGAGGGACAUUUUCAGCCUGCGCCUGGUGCCACCAGAGGAGCAGAUCCACACACUUGUAAUGCAUGAGAGGUUUGAGGAGGCCUUAAUGCUGUUGGAUGCAGUUCAGGAUCAACUUCCACUUGACUCAUACAAGGAGCUGCAGAAGGCCGUCACUUGCCUCGCUGGAUUGGUCCAUUUUUACCAAAAGGAUUUUUCUGCGGCCAUGGAUCUAUUCAUUGCAGGUGAGCUGGACCCGAGGGAAAUCAUCCGCCUCUACCCCGACUUCCAGUCGUGUCUCAGCGAGGAAUUUCAAUCCAAGCUCGAUCAUCUGAACAAGGGCAGGGACGUCCAGGUGGUCUGCCGAGACGACAGGAACACAUUUCAUCAUUACCUGGCCUUCCUGGGAGAUUUCCUCAGAGCUGUCAGGGGGACGGUGCAAGGCCUAAAGUGCAGUAAGGAGGUGGACUACGCCCUCCUGAGGCUGUACGUGGAAGUGGGAGACACUGAAAAUCUGCAGCAGCUUGUGGCAUUUCCCAAUUUGUGCAGUUUGGACUGCUGUGUUCCGGUUUUGGAGCGACACAACAGAUAUUUUGCCGUAGGUUCCCUCUAUCAAAGCCACGGAUACUACAUUGAUGCAAUUGAGACUUGGGUGAAAAUUGAAGAUGGCCUCCACAAAGACCCGUCCUGCUCAGAUGUGUAUGGCCAUAUAGUGCAGACUCUCAGCCAGCUGCCGGACAGAGAUGUUGUGUGGAAAUUUGCAGACUGGACUCUUCAAAGAAACCAGGAGAUUGGGGUGCAGAUUUUCAACAAGCGUCCGCCAGAUGUUCAAUUUGAGACACAGGAUGUCCUCGCUCUCAUGGAGAAGUACCCGCUGGCGAUGCUUCAUCAUCUUGAGUUCUUAAUCCAUGAUUUGAACAGUGAGGAUGAGAGACACCAUAACCGCCUGGCCCUGGCAUAUGUUACUCAGUCGCUGCGAGAGGAAGAGGACACAGAUUUGCGGGGGACCCGGGCGAAGUUGCAGCAGCUUCUAUGGGAAUCCAGAUUUUACGACGUCUCCACUGUAUACGAGAGAGUCGAGUGGACGACUCUCAGGUUGGAGAAAGCCAUCCUCUUGGGGAAGACCGGUGGACACUCUCAGGCACUGCAGGUGCUUGUUCACCAGGAGGGGGACCUCAAGGCUGCAGAGGCCUACUGCUGCAGGGCCGCGCGGGGCAGGGACACAGUGUUCAGGCAGACCCUGCUGCUCACCCUGCUCCAAAUGUACCUGAGCUCGGAGGACCUCGGCAGCGCGGCCGUGGAUCUGCUCAACAACCACCCUCGGGUCCUGGCAGCAGAGAAGGUCAUACGGCUCCUGCCUGAUUCCUGGUCUGUUCAACUGGUCUCCCAGUUCUUAGUUGGAUCCCUCAGGGAGACAUUCCACCAGAGGCGAAUGGCGCAGCUGCAAAAAGCUAUGGCCCAGGUGGAGCUCACGCGACACAAGGUCAUUUGGAUGCACACCUCAAAAAGAAAGUUCAGACUGGAUAAGGGCCAGAAAUGCAAGGUUUGUCAGAAAGACCUUGCAGAGCCAGAGUUUGCCUGUAACCUCACCGGUGAGGUGAUGCACACAAGCUGUUCUGGUUUUCCCUCAACGUAAAGACACCGAUCAAUAAAUCAAAUUACUCAUAUGUAAAUAUGUGA